AUCAACCGAAACUGUUCCAUAUUCAGCAUUUACUUGCUUUUCAUUCCAUAACAGAUUCAGAUUUUACCUACAAAUCGAAAACUCUUUCUCGAGGACGUAGGCAUUCUCUACUAGCUUUGAUUUCAGGUAUAGUCAUGCGCGCACGUGUGAAUUGAGAUCGCGUCUGACAACCUAACUUAACCUUAUCAACGAUUGUGAAUAUGUGGUAUGGUGUAAAAGUUCAUAAUUGAUGUGAUCCCUGUGUGCAACCAUUGCAGGUGGUGGAUCCGCAGUUAUAAAUUUCCUCCUGCUAGCAACAAGUCUGGCCUGGUCGAUGACAGAAUAAUUACAACCCUGGAGCUCACUGAAAGUGCUUAAAAUGUCUAAUGACAUAGUCGAUAUGGACAAUGCGAAUGGCUACAACGAUCCUGUUGUCGAGGAGAUUCAAAUUCCUGUUCCUUGGGGUCACAUCAGUGGAAAAUGGUGGGGUUCGACAACUCAGCAACCGAUUGUAGCACUACAUGGCUGGCAAGAUAAUGCUGGAAGUUUCGAUAGACUGGCGCCUAUGCUAUGCAAGGAGAUGCCAAUUCUUAGCAUAGACCUUCCAGGUCAUGGAUUUUCCUCGCAUCAUCCUGAAGGACAAUUUUAUUAUAUGUUCUGGGAUGGAGUUAUUGUUUUACGCAGACUUGUUAAAUAUUACAAAUGGAACAAGGUGAAACUUCUAGGGCACUCCUUAGGAGGAGCAAUAUCGUUUCUUUAUGGUGCAUCAUUCCCAGAUGAAGUGGAUUUCCUGAUAAGUUUGGACAUUGUCAGCCCAAGUGUCAAAAAUCCAAAAACUGUGGCAGAAAUCACUGGGAAUUUCAUAGACAAGUUUAUUAAAUAUGAGUCCUUGACACUGGAGGACGUACCCUCUUAUCAAUAUAACGAUAUGUUGAAAAUUGUUCUUGAAGCUUAUAAUGGCUCCAUCACCAAAAGCAGUGCCGAGAUUCUAAUGAAACGUGGAAUGCAACCAGGUCAUACUCCUGGAUUUCACUACUUCUCCCGUGACCCUCGACUUAAGGUUUCCACAUUAGGUAUGCUAUCAUUAGACGUAGUCAUGGCCUAUGCAGGUCGCGUUAAAUGUGCCUACCUCAAUAUCCGAGCCUGCCCCGGCAUGAAAUUCGACAAUCCGGAGAGUUACAAACUGGUACUCGAUGAAAUAGAAAAGGUUUCCAAGAGAUUCAGGUACUGCGAGAUCGAAGGCACGCACCAUGUGCACCUGAACUCCCCUGAAAGGGUAGCUCCCCUGAUCUUGGAAUUUAUAAAACACUAACGAUACGUGAUCCUAGACCUUGAUGUAGUCCCUCGAUCACAGCUUGUUUCGUAGAUAUUUUGUGGUGAAGAGCAAGUCGUUAAUCGCAAAUAAGUAGCGAAUCCUCAAUCUUUAACAUCACCAGAAUUUCACAGAGAAAAAAUCUUAAGUGUACGUUCAUUUUUGUAGCCUAAAAUUGGUCUAACAGGCCUAUUUAUUUAGGAAUUGAGUGUUGCGUUAACUUCGAGAAUGUUAGCCACUAAACGACAAAACGAAGUUUUUUUGGGUACUUUCUCAUUUACUGAUAAUUUAAUUGACGAUUUCAUUCUUUUUUUACGAGAUGACUAGGGCAGGGCCCGUUCUAUUUUUGUCUAGUUUCGUCUUAAUGACGUAUAAUAGAAUGAUUUUUAAAAGCUUCGUUAUCCGAUCGAACAAACUAUGUAACAUGUACGCGUCGGACGUGUACAAUUAUGAAUAAAAGACAGCUAAUUUAAUUUA